GGUCACCGGCCGGCAAUCCUCCAGCGGCCUCGACCGUCGCCUGCGUGUUCCGUCCUCGCUCCUGGGCCGAGAAGCAGCGUGGCCGGCGGGUGCCGAGUCCUCGCUCCUCCUCCUCGGUGGCUCGCCUCGGGCGGGCCGCUUUUCCUCAGGGACCGCCUCGGUGGGGCGAGGUUUCCGUGACGAGCCUCCUGGGGCUCCGGGGACCGGCUCGGGCUGUCGUGGCGGCUCGAGCCCCUGGAACUCGCUCACCCUCCGGGGGUCGACGGCCCUCGGAGUUAUGCGUGUCAUCCAGGCGGGUGCGGCGGGCGCCGGCUCCUAAAGGGCGUCACACCCGGACUCCGCUGACCGGGCAGCCUCCAUUCGGCUCCCGGCUGCGCCUCCAGCGCCCUCUCCCUCCCCGGUCCGCUCCUCGGACUCAUUGUUUCCUUUUCCCCCUCGGCCGCCCUGUCCUCCUGCCCGGGGUGCGGCGGUUCUCCUGGAAGCGGAGGUGUCGGUGAUGAGCCGGACCCUCGUGCCUUGAAUUUCUCCGCGGAGGAGCUCGGCGGUGCCCCGCCGCCCGCCGCUCGCCCGGGAUGGGGGUGAACGCGGUGCACUGGUUCCGAAAGGGGCUCCGGCUCCACGACAACCCCGCCCUGAAGGAGUGCAUUCGGGGCGCCGACACCAUCCGCUGCGUCUACAUCCUCGACCCCUGGUUCGCGGGCUCCUCCAACGUGGGCAUCAACAGGUGGCGGUUUCUGCUUCAGUGUCUUGAAGACCUUGAUUCUAAUCUGAGAAAACUAAACUCUCGUCUGUUUGUGAUUCGUGGACAACCAGCAGAUGUGUUUCCUAGGCUUUUCAAGGAAUGGAACAUUACUAAACUUUCAAUUGAGUAUGAUUCUGAGCCCUUUGGAAAGGAACGAGAUGCAGCUAUUAAGAAACUGGCUACUGAAGCUGGAGUAGAAGUGAUUGUACAAAUUUCACAUACAUUAUAUGACCUAGACAAGAUCAUAGAACUUAAUGGUGGACAACCGCCUCUUACUUAUAAAAGAUUCCAGACUCUUAUCAGCAAAAUGGAACCACUAGAAAUACCAGUAGAGACAAUUACUUCGGAAGUGAUAGAAAAGUGCACAACUCCUUUGUCUGAUGACCAUGAUGAAAAAUAUGGAGUCCCUUCACUGGAAGAACUAGGUUUUGAUACUGAUGGCUUACCCUCUGCAGUUUGGCCAGGUGGAGAAACUGAAGCACUUACACGUUUGGAAAGGCAUUUGGAAAGAAAAGCAUGGGUGGCUAACUUUGAAAGACCUCGAAUGAAUGCCAAUUCCCUGCUUGCUAGCCCUACAGGACUCAGUCCUUACCUCCGAUUUGGAUGUUUAUCAUGUCGACUAUUUUACUUCAAACUAACAGAUCUCUACAAAAAGGUAAAAAAGAACAGUUCCCCUCCCCUUUCCCUUUAUGGGCAAUUGUUAUGGCGUGAAUUUUUCUAUACAGCAGCCACAAAUAAUCCACGCUUUGAUAAAAUGGAAGGAAACCCCAUCUGUGUUCAGAUUCCUUGGGAUAAGAAUCCUGAGGCUUUAGCAAAAUGGGCAGAAGGCCGGACAGGUUUUCCAUGGAUUGAUGCCAUCAUGACACAGCUUCGUCAGGAGGGUUGGAUUCACCAUUUGGCCAGACAUGCAGUUGCUUGCUUCGUUACACGAGGUGACCUGUGGAUUAGCUGGGAAGAAGGAAUGAAGGUAUUUGAAGAAUUAUUACUUGAUGCAGAUUGGAGCAUAAAUGCUGGAAGUUGGAUGUGGCUGUCUUGUAGUUCCUUUUUUCAACAGUUUUUUCACUGCUAUUGCCCUGUUGGUUUUGGUAGAAGAACAGAUCCCAAUGGAGACUAUAUCAGGCGAUAUUUGCCUGUCCUAAGAGGCUUCCCUGCAAAAUAUAUCUAUGAUCCCUGGAAUGCACCAGAAAGUAUCCAAAAGGUAGCCAAAUGUUUGAUAGGAAUUAAUUAUCCUAAACCAAUGGUGAACCAUGCUGAGGCAAGCCGUUUGAAUAUUGAGAGGAUGAAACAGAUCUACCAGCAGCUUUCACGAUAUAGAGGACUAGGUCUUCUUGCAUCAGUGCCUUCUAAUCCUAAUGGGAAUGGAGGCCUCAUGGGGUAUUCUCCUGGAGAAAAUAUCCCAGGUUGUAGCAGCAGUGGAAGUUAUACUCAAGGGAGUGGUAUUUUACAUUAUGCUCUUGGAGACAGUCAGCAAACUCAUCUAUUAAAGCAAGGAAGAAGCUCCGUGGGCACUGGUCUCAGCAGUGGGAAACGUCCUAGUCAGGAGGAAGACACACAGAGUAUCGGUCGUAAAGUCCAGCGACAGAGCACUAAUUAGCUUUACCCAGUUUUUUCCCCCCUCUUAAAUCACAGAAAACGUUCAGGAGGAAUGCUGUUCCAGCUGAAAUUGAUGGGGAGUUCAAUACUUUUUUUCAGUUAAAAUGUUCUUCAUUGAUGGAAAGCAGUUAUUUCUAAUGAUAUUUCUGCGGUUUUUAACUUUUCAAUGAAUUUCACAUAGGACACAUGGUAAUUUGUAUAUAAAGAACUUGGUAAAAGAAUUUGCUUAAUGUAAAUAUAAAUAGCACAAUUAGUAUAGACCCAUCAAUAUAUUUUUGAUAAUUUUUCAUGUAUGGUAAAAGUUAAAGUGGCAAACUGAUAUUCUGAUAAUAAAAAAAAAAUCAAAGUUUUGAUUGUCAAUGUGGGAAAAUAGGAGGUUUUUAGACUUUCUUAAAAGACUUUGUUAAAAUUUUCUUGACAUUGUUUGCUCUAACUUUGCACUCUUUGGUAAUAAUGUUUUAGGAAAUGUGUAAUCAAAAUUGGUAGUUUAUAGCCUCUGUUAACCUAGACAGUCAAUGUUUUAAAGCUUCAUGUAUGCCUGUUUGACCAAACUUGUGCAAGUAUCAUGUUUAAGUUCUCUGUUUCCCUUUCUUUGUUCAUUUACAGUUAAAGUGACCUUUGUUAUUAAAGUAUAUGCAUAUAUGGAA